AUGAAGCUUUACCCUUCCAUUCCUGAGGACCUCGCCGCCUGGGUGCAGCAGCAACCUGUAUUCUUCACAGGCUCUGCUCCUACUCAUGGCUCUCAUAUCAAUGUCUCUCCCAAAGGCCUUUCAGACUCGCACUUCGCUGUUCUAGGACCCAACCAGUGUGCCUAUAUCGACCGCACUGGUUCCGGAUGUGAGACUAUUGCCCAUUCCUACGAUAAUGGCCGCCUGUGUUUGAUGUUUAUGAGUUUCGGUCCCGCCCCUCGGAUUGUCCGCUUCUUCUGCCGGUCCAGGAUUGUCGAAUGGGAUGACCCAGCCUUCCCAGAUCUGGUCCGUCGAAUCUCCAAGGGAAAGCGUUCUACAUUUGAUGGCGCCAGAGCCAUCAUUCUGGCUGAUGUUUUUGAAGCCCAGACAAGCUGUGGCUUCGGUGUUCCCCGGGUGAAGAGGGGUAUAUAUGCACCUGAUGAGACCUCUGAGAAGAACUUGUCUCUUGAGCAAGUCCUUCAAGAGGGUGUGGAUGGUAAAGUGAAUGAGCUGGCUGUGUUUGAGGAGAGGCCCACAAUGGAUAUGUGGGUGGCAAAGCGAGUUGAAAACAACACGUUGUUGGAUUAUCAUAAGGAAACCAACGUGCUGAGCAUGGACGGUUUGCCUGGACUCAGAGCUGCUCGUCGGAGCGUGGGAGAGACGUUAUGGUUUACGGAUGCAAAGGCGCAUGCAAGGAAGGUUUUUGCACAGAGCGAAGCGAUUGCAGUUGGAUUUGUUCUUGCAUUGUUGUUGUACGUUGUCAUGGUUUCAGUUGGAGCGAUUUCAGCGUCAUGGCCAAGGAUUCAGGCUUGA